CGUACUUAAUUUUAUCUUAUUUAUGCGCAGUGCAGAAUAUAGGUGGGAGAAUCCAAAGAAUAAGUGUAUAUUAACGCUGGACAACUUAUAGAGUGACAAUUUAUCUGAUAACUACAUGUGUUUAUGAGCGAAUAAGUAUAAAAGAUGAGAAGCAAAAUGAUGCGAAAAGUAAAAGAUAUGGACACAAGUGAAAAAGUGAUGUUAAUCUUAAUGGCAGUCAUAAUGUCGCUGGUUUUAACCAUCGUGACAAAGGAAAUCAUCAUGCAGCACGGGAAAAAGCACAGCAUGUCCAUGACAGAUGUUAAGGAAAGCACACCAAAAACACAAGAAGUGACACUUAACCAUAUACUAAAUGCACAAAAUGGGGUGACAUCUUAUCUAGGUACAACGGUUCACAAUGAUCAACAGCAAGACACCAUUGCAACACGCAAGGAAGAAACUUUGCCUAUCCUCGUGUCAUACAUGUUACAUUAUAAUAAAUUGAAACAUGUUUUGAAACAUGAUCGGAAAAAUACUACCCAUCUUCCCCAAGCUGCAAUAACACGUCAUAAGACAUUGAAAAGAAAACCGCUUCAGCGAAGGAAGACAUCAUUGCUUGGUACACUGAAGCAACAAAAAGCUGAUGAUAUAAACGAUCCAGAUAUCCGGUAUGUAUUUAUUACAUGUUGUAUGCGUUUGUUUGAACUGCUUUUUUAA